AACCAAUGGUCACUGUCGCACUGCAUGUUUAGCCAGCUAAAGUGCGCAUAUCACACAGGAUGUAGUUGAAAACCAAGAGCAGUAACAUAAUGGAUCCCGCUUAGUUUUAUUUCUGGAAAUAUAUUCUCAAAACUACAACGAGUUAAAUAUUUGUAGUGUGCGCUGCAGUGGGUAUUCAUUCCGAAACGGUAACAUUACAGCCGACAUAAACAUGGCAGAAUCAUCGCCGUUAUCAGGGGUUAAUGUUGUCCUGGUCAUGGCCUAUGGCAGCUUGGUGUUUGUGCUGUUGUUCAUCUUCGUCAAGAGGCAAAUCAUGCGCUUUGCAAUGAGAUCCCGCCGUGGACCACAUGCACCUAUCGGCCACAAUGCACCUAAGGGUUUGAGGGAGGAGAUCGACUUCAGACUGUCCAAGGUGCAAGAGAUCCGCUUUGAACCUCGUCUCCUGUCAGAAGAAGACGACAGGUUGAAGCAAGGAUCACAAAUCAGUUGCUAUAAUUACUUGUACAGAAUGAAAGCUCUGGAUGCCAUCCGUGACUCAGGAAUUCCUCUGCUGGAGAUAAGCCGCAGUCCCAGUGCUUUUACUGGACGCAACUUCAGGAACUGGCUGCUGGAGCUGCGCAACUCUCACUCUCUGAUCAAGAGCAGCCGCAGCGCGCUCAUUGACCGCUUGCUGGAGGGCUACGACAGCGCUCGCCACGGGACUGGGGUGUUUGGGGAAGCUGAGUUUCUUGAAUACCAGCAGGCUCUCGAUGAACUAGCUGAUGUGGUGAAGGCCUAUUCCAGCACCACCAGCCUGGACCAGCAUCACCAGUCAGCAGCCAAGGACCUGACAGGCUCUCCUGUCCGCAGCACUCCCUCCACCAUCCAGGUCACCUACCUGCCCUCCACCGGCCAGCGCAGCAAAAGGCCCAAACACUUUCUGGAGCUUAAAAGUUUCAAAGACAACUACAACACACUGGAGAGCACCCUGUGAGAGACUGUUGUUAAAGACUGACCUGAAAAUGUACGCACGGUGUGUAUCCAUGUGUGCAGAGCGGUUACACUGGAAUACAAAAAGACUGUUUUCAAGUUGAGUUCAUCUGUGGUGAAAAAUCUUGACUUGACUUUUCCUUACAGUACGCUCAGAUAGGGCAGUGUCUGUCGUUAGCAUUGUCAUACACAAUAUUUUUCAAGUAAUUUAGGAGAAUUACGUAGAUGUCAUUUUAUAUCAACUGUAAAAAUCUCGCAGUCAAGAUUUUUUUCUCUGAUAAUGGUGAAGCUCUUAUGGACACAUGGUUGACACAAGGCCUUUGUUCUUAUUUUGGACCUAAUAAGUGUGUUGGGAAGACAAAUAUGAUUGUAGCCCACCAGGCGAGUUUUUCACUGUCAUUGUCAUUUUUGUAAACGGCAACACUAACAGCAAGUGACCUGGAUUCAUUUUUGUUUUGACUCAAAUGUAAAUAUGAAUGUACCUUUUUGAUUCAUUGUGUGUUUGUAUGGAUGUAAGAUAUUUAUAUGGAAUGUGAUAACUUAUUUAAGUGAUAUUGUGUGAUUUGUAUUUAUGUGAGGUUUUGUGGUUUGAGAUGAAAACCUUACAACCCA